GAGACUGGGGCUGAAGUAGCCUACCGAUGGGAGAGAAGGUUUAGGAUUAGAGAGGAUACAGCAGAGGGACGAGACGGCAACAGAGAGAUCGCAGGAAAUACUGGUUUAAAAAUACACAGAGAACUCCAGAAAUAACUUUAGGAGGAACUUUGAAUGGAUGCCGAUUCUUUUCUCUGUGUUUGUUCCAGGUUUCAAUCCACAGACCAGCUUUUUUGUGAAAUUGUAAACAGAGUGUACGGAUGUUAACCCAGAAGUUUUUUUCUUUCUGGAAUUCUAUUAGAAAACUUCUAAAUUGGAAACAGAAAGGCGACUACCACACGGACCGCUUGCUCGGUCAGUCACACCAAUCUUAAGAAAUUUGAACCUAUAGCACUUUUUCGAAACCCAAAAGGAGAACAAGAGAGAGAGAGCGAAAAAGCAAAGGACAUUCUGUUUUAAAAGCAGAGCACCGCUGUAAGCCUACCUGUGCACAAUCGGACCGCAAAGCAAACUUUCAGCUUUGUUUUUUUUUAAGCGGGAUCGGUGUAAAUAUUGAGAUGAUGCGGUGAGAGACUAAACCCAUUUCACGAAUUUAGUUACGCAUUCAAGAAGUUCUAGAUACGAAGUCAAAGAACUCUCAGUCUCUCUGGAUCAAUAUCAGAGGGAAGAAUGAAGACUGGGUCAAAGACUACGCUGCUGUUUACUUUCUUACUUCACGCGUUGACCUGUGUGAGUGCAGAAACAUGGACAGGGCUUCACUUCGUCCAGAGCCCCACCAACGUGACCUCCUCCCUGGGGAAGCGGGUGAGGCUGCAUUGCAACCUGCAGGGGCAGGGAGGGGAGGACAGCCCCCCGGACGUGGUCUGGUUUCAGGAAGACGUCAUGCUGGAGAUGGCCGACACCAAUCAGAUCCAGCUCCACGUGGACGAAGACACCUGGGUGGUCAUCAGCACACUCACUAUUGAGGAGGUGCAGCUCGUAGACAUGGGAGCGUACCGCUGUGCUGUUGUGGAUGGAGAGAAGGUCACACUGUCUUAUAAGGGACACAUUCAGCUUGAAGGCCUCCCUCAUUUCUCCGUGGAGCCCCUGCCCAUGUCGGUGGUGGCCAACGUGAGUGUGUCUCUGCUGUGUGUGGCCCACGGCCCCCCCGAGCCCGUCCACAUCAUCUGGCUCCAGGACGGAGCCCCCCUCAACAGUCUGGACGACCCCAUGUCCAGAUCUCCCUCCUACCUCAACCUCACCGGUCUGAACCGAACCUGCUCUUUCUCGUGUGAAGCUCACAACCGCAAGGGUGUGGCCUCCUCCGGCUCAGGCACCGUGACAGUCCUUCCGGCCCAGCCUCGGAACAUCAGGGCCUCUGAGGUGACCAACUCCAGCAUUCAUGUCACCUGGACACCAGGGUUUGGUGGAGUGUACCCCGUCACCUUGUGCUCUGUUCAGGCGCGCGUCCCUGCACCCGACCCUGCCUCUGCAUCCGGUGAGCUGGUCCACAACCAGAACGUGAAGACUCCGCCGGCCGCCCACGUCCUCUCAGGCCUGGAGCCCUUCAGCACCUACGAGGUGCGCGUGGCCUGCCAGACCAGCCAGGGGCCCUCAGAGUGGACGCCGUGGGUCUCGCUACGCACGGCCGAAGGAGUUCCAUCAGGCUGUCCAAUGAAUGUCACUGCUGUGUUGAAUGGAUCUGCUGAGGUUUUGAUGAAGUGGGCGGGGACUGAGGGUCCCAUCAACGGACACCUACUGGGUUACCGGAUGGAGUACAUAACCCCCAACAGCACCUGGGUGCUACACGACUCGGGAUUGGACACCGAGCUGUCCAUCAACCUAACUGAUCCCCUAUCAAACAUCUCCUUCCGUGUGUGUGCGUAUACGGGGGCAGGCCAGGGACCCUGGAGUCCCGUUCAGACCCUGACUCUCAUCAAACCAGAAGCUGAGGGUCUGCAAUCCAGAGACCAGGCACCAGAAGCCUUUUCCUGGCACUGGUGGUACGUCGUCAUGGCGAUAGCAGUUGCCGUGGCGCUGGCGGUGCUGAUGGCCAUCUACGUGGCCCGCCUCCGACGAAAGGAGACUCGAUUCGGCGAGGCCUUCGAGCCCAUGAUGGAGAGCGGAGAGCUGGUAGUGAGGUACCGCGCUCGACGCACCUACAGCCGCCGGACCACCGAGGCCACACUGAACACUCUGGGAAUCAGUGAUGAGCUGAAGCAGAAGCUGCAGGAUGUGAUGGUGGACAGACAUAAACUAACCCUGGGAAAGACUCUGGGAGAGGGUGAGUUCGGCUCGGUCAUGGAGGGUCUCCUGACACAGGAGGAUUCAGUGCUGAAAGUGGCCGUUAAAACCAUGAAAAUCGCUAUCUGCACGCGCACAGAGAUGGAGGACUUCCUACGCGAGGCGGCCUGCAUGAAGGAGUUCGACCACCACAACGUCAUGAGGCUCUUAGGUGUGUGUCUGCAGACAGUGGAGAGUGAAGGCUACCCCUCGCCAGUGGUGAUUCUGCCCUACAUGAAGCAUGGGGACCUGCACAGCUAUCUGCUCUACUCCAGGCUGGGGGACUGCCCUGUGUAUCUUCCAUCCCAGAUGUUGGUGAAAUUCAUGACUGACAUCGCCCGGGGAAUGGAAUAUUUGAGCAGCAAGAAUUUCAUUCACAGGGACUUGGCCGCUCGUAACUGCAUGCUGAAUGAGAAUAUGAAUGUGUGUGUGGCUGACUUUGGUCUGUCUAAGAAGAUAUACAAUGGAGACUACUACCGGCAAGGCCGCAUCUCCAAAAUGCCCGUCAAAUGGAUCGCCAUUGAGAGUCUGGCAGACAGAGUGUACACCACCAAGAGUGAUGUGUGGUCGUUCGGUGUGACCAUGUGGGAGAUCGCACGAGGCCAGACUCCGUAUCCAGGCGUGGAGAACAGUGAGAUAUAUGACUACCUGCGGCAGGGCAACCGCCUCAAGCAGCCCCCAGACUGCCUAGACUGCAUUUACUCCCUCAUGUUCUCCUGUUGGCUCCUGAGCCCCAAGGACCGGCCCAGUUUUGAGCGUCUGUGCUGUGAGCUGGAGAAGGUCCUGGAGGAGCUGCCCGACCCGCAGGACCCUGACGAGAUCCUCUACGUCAACAUGGAGGAGUCCUCCGGCGAGAUCGGGGCGGUCGGGGGUCGCGACCCCAACUGUCCUUUGGGGCUAGGCUUGGGUGGCGGUCUCGGUGGCAUGUCGGGCCUGUCCAUGCCCCUGCCGCCCAUGAAGGACUCGGUGGCCACUGUGGAGGUGCACCAGCCUCACCAACCCAACCGCUACGUGCUGUGCCCGCAGCACGAGACCCAGCAGCGCCUCCUACUGCCCGCCGCUGACUCCCUGGAUUCACUCCACUGA